AGACGGCCGGCGUCAGUCAGGCAUAGCGGUGACAAACUUCUUCCUCAGCGCAGAUGGUACGUUACUAUAUAGAAUAAUUACGAGAAUCGAUUUUUUUGCUCAGUGCAAACAAACGAAAAAAGUAACGCAUAAUUAUAGGCGACGAGGAUUAAUUUAGAAAAUAGAAGCCAAGUUUAUACCGGUGACAGGUGAGUCAACAGACGGAAAAAUGAAUAUAUAUUUUUCGAGAAUAUACCUAUAUUCAUUGACUUUAAUUAUUAAGCGUUCCGCGUCACCAACAGACUUCUUAGUUAUGGUUGAUAGUUGAAAAGAAAUGAAACGGAUUAAUGUCACUAUGCUUAUCUUUUCGGGCCUCUCUGAUCCCGUUUGGACUUUGGAUAGAACUCAACACAGCAAACUAAUUAAUCGGUUAAUGAAGGCGAAAAAAUGUAGUAAAAGCUUGGGCAUCGAAAGAAGCGGAUAUGGGGGUUUUUUGAUGAGCGUCGAUCGUCAUUGCUCCUGUUUAGGAUCGGGAAAUUUUUUAAUAUGGGGUUCUGAAAAUAGACAAUUGCAGUUAGAUUUAUUGGCUACUGCACCAGUUGACGAUGAAUUAAAAGAGAUGGUGAGGAAAAGCAUUAACGCCUUGUAA